UUUUUGUUUAUGUUGAAGUUUCAAGUACAUGUUUAUAGUGGAAGGAUGUAGGCGUAUAAUGGAAUAUCAUUUUCGAUCGUUAGUAACCUAAUUAAUAACUGAAAUAGGCAGAUAGUAUGAUUAAAUAUUAUAUUUGUUACAAGUGCUCAGUGAAGAAAUUUUACUUGAAACUGAAAGGGCAAAUUAACGAACUAUCUGAAUGAACUACCCUGGAUUUUUGCGUUACUCUCUGAAUGUGAUUGGGAAGACCACGUGGCCAUUGAUACGGGUUAAUACCACUAAUAGUGUUAACAGCAUUGGAGUCAAAUCAUAUAUUAUAUUAGGUGGAGUACAUUGGUUAUCUUCUUUUCACCCACUUGUAAUAUGUGGUCCAUCGGGUUGUGGCAAAAGCACCUUGCUAAAAAUCUUGAUGAAGGAGUACAAAAAUUACUUUGGUUUCACUGUUUCUCAUACAACAAGAAAACCAAGGCCCGGGGAAGUUGAUGGCAAAGAUUACCAUUUUGUGACAAGACAUGAGAUGCAGCAAGCUAUAGAAAAAGGAGAGUUUAUUGAGCAUGUCGAAUACUCAAAGAAUCUCUAUGGUACAAGUAAAAAUGCUAUAAAAGCUGUUCAAGAAAAAGGACUUGUUUGCAUUUUGGACAUAGAAGUAGAAGGUGUAAAGAACAUCAAGAAAACAGACCUAAACCCAAGAUAUAUUUUCAUCAAGCCACCUAGCAUGGAGGCUUUGAAAGAACGGUUGCAAAAAAGAGGAACUGAGACUGAUGAAAGUAUCAAUGAAAGAAUUUGCAGAGCAAAGAAAGAGCUAGAGUAUGGUGAAAUGCCAGGGAACUUUGAUAUUAUUGUGCUGAAUGACUGCUUGGAAGAUGCUUACAGGGAACUUAAAAACUACCUUUGGAAGUGUGGAGUUCUUGGCAGUAAUCUUCAGGAGCAGUAGUAGUUGAAUAAGAUCUUCAUAUUCUUAAAGCUCCAAGAUUACGGGAAAAUUGCAGAUUUUUUGUGUGAACCAAGAUCAUAACUUUAUAUAGACCAGUUUUGCAUUUCACAUUUUUAUUUAAUUAUCAUCUUGUUUUUUGACAUCAUCUCAUUAUGAUAUCUUUUAUUUACUGUACUAUAAAAUGAAGUAAUUUUGACAAUUUUCGUAUAUGUAACUUUUAGGAUUCACUAGGACUAUUUGUGUUUACUUUCCUCUAUUCAACUUGCUUACCAGAGGCGAUAUUUUUUUAAAAAAACUAAUGUUAUGAAUCUAUGAACAUUUUAGAUUUUUUAAACAUGUGUUUAAUAAAACCAAAAGAGUACAGUCAAAUUGUUCUCCACAUUCUAAUGAGACUUAACUCAAUUAAACACCAAGCUAUGAAAAACACUUCAUUACUAAUACACUAGGCCAAUCUUGGCUGAAAAGGUCCAACUUACUAUACUUCAUUAACAUAUCUUUUUAGAUAAUUCCUUAUCUCUUAUACUCAAGAUGAGCUAAUACUUGAACAGUCUGGGAUCUAGAAACUCCUUUUCCUACAUCUUUUUACUAGAUGGGCCAUGUAAACUUUAUAUGAUAUUUUACUGGAGUAAUUGUUUGUGGAUCCUCUUCAUGUUACUGCACAUUAACUAAUUUUCUUGGCUUGCCAACAUAUUACUUAAUACUUUAGUAGUUCAUAAAUCUGAGUAGUUGUUAAAUUUGGUAUUUUGAUAUAGGUAAAUUUCCUAGUUAAUUUGAAGGUAUGAAAUAGUAUUGCAUAAUGUUUGCACUUCUGUUAUUUUCUGUUUCAUGUUUGAGUUAAUUCUUUUUCUUAAACAUUGAGCUAUGUUCCUUCAACACAUUUAGAAAAGUUUUUGGCACUGGUUGUUAAACUGCUGGGUAGUUUUUUCAGUACCAUUACGUGUAUUUCAGGUUGCUUCAUUUGGAAGUGGAGAUAAAAUAUUUUCAGAAUUGAUUAAGCCUCUGCACGUUUCUAACUACUGAAAUUCAAAUUUUUGUAACUUAUUUUCUUCCCCUGUACAAACUUUGACAUGAAGCUCCUUCAGAAUAGUUAUUAACUGUGAUAGUUUUUGACACUUCAUUCAUUAUCCAUAUCUAUAAAAUUCCAUAACUUAGUUUGCAGAUUAAUCCUCUUUUAUUUUCUUGUUUAGGAUUUAAAAUAGAAUUGACAAAUGAUAAAUUAAAUGGUAAUCUGUUAAUAUUGUCUUUUUAGUUGUUUUAUAUUUGAAUAAAAACUUGGCCUUUUGUAUUGGUUCUUUUAGGCAUACAUUUUGUUCAUUUGUCUACUUUUCAUAGCAUCAUGAAAAGGUGAAAUCUGACCAGUUUUAUUUUUCUAACAGGGUUGUUGGUCUUUGGGAUGGGUUACCUUCAGAUAUGGUAUAUGUAAUUAAUUCAAGAGACUUUGGAGUUAACGGAAGGCUUGAUAAAUAUUUGAAUGAUAAGGCUGGCUUUGAGUGUUUUAUAGUCAUUUUAAACUUUAGUUUAGUGGAUGGUACAGCCUAGAUGGACCAAGAGAUUCCUUGUUGUCCUUAAAUUCUAUAUUAAAAUAACAUUUGUGAAAAAAAUACUCGUAGUGCACAUCAGUGGCAACCAUAUAGGCUGUGCUGUGCACAGGGGCUCACAAACUCUAGGUGGCCCACCAAGUCCUAAUUCAAUUAACUUAUAAACGGUCUGCUAAUGUGCAGUGGCAAACUAGAGCAGUAAAGUUUUUAGAAAGAUUGUGAUGUCAGCAACUGACGACUAUUGUUCUGAUAGUCAUCCUAUAUUUGUAUCAGGAAGGGGGCCAAAAUUUAUCCCACACAAGGGCCCACAACUAAGUAUGGCUGCUGCUGGUGGGCAUAUUGUAGAAAUGAGGAGGUAACAUUGAAAAUAUUCAACCCUUUUUCCAAAUAUCAAAUAUGGAUAUGUGUAUUGUAAAAAAUAAAAACGUCAAACAAAAUUAUUUACAAAAUACACAUUUAUAUGUACAU